AUGACUACAUCCACUCCUGCGAACUUUGGAAAACAAGUCUCCGAGACCUUCUCAGCCUCUAAACAGCUGAAUGACCAAGUGACGAGCUUCAUGCAUAAGACGAAAUGGGCGGACCUGAUAGGGCCUGCGCCAACCGUGAUUUUGAUUCUCAGUCGUCUCAUUCAGCUUGGAACUGUAGUUGAUUUUCCGCUAAUCAUUCCAGAAAACCCCGGCCAUCUUAAAUAUCAUUAUUUUGGAGCAAGCAUUGCUCACCUGGCAAAUUCUGGCACAAAUGCUAUGACCGAAAGCAGAAGUCAAAUGGAAAAAAUCAACUAUAGUUCAGAAACUAUGAUCGGACACAUUAAGACCGCUUUUCAAUUACUAGGCCGACAAGAUAAUAACAAUGAUAUUCAAGCGUUUCUUCCUGGUAUUCUCAACGAUGUAAAAAAAGCCAGCGCUACCUGCCUUGAGCAAGCCCAAAAGAUGAAAAAGGAGUGGGUUUUUGUCUUGGAACUAGCACAACAAUUACAGGAAGUAUGCAAGUCCACGCAAGGCGAGACAGAAUCAUUGAGGCUUCAAGCCGAAGCUCAGAUCAAAUACCUUGAAGCUCAAAAGAAAAAUGAAGAAGAUAACUUCAAGAAGGCAGAAAUGUGGAUGGAAACGACUCGCAAGAAACUUGAAACCAGCCAUAAUAUUGUGAAGGAGGCUAUUGAUAAGAUACCAGAUGCCUGGUCAAUCGGAAUGAUGGGUUUGGCUCAAGGAUUGACCAAUGCCGCGCAAACCGGGGUCGAAGCUUUCAUUAAUGAGCAGUGUUUUAAAAGUCAGCUUGGAGACUUACUAAAACACAAGCCAGAGGCGGUUUCAGGCAAUGGGUCAAGUUCGACUCCUGCCUCUGAUAAACCCGAAACACCAAAAGAGCAGGAGUCGGCUUCGAAGCCCACCCGGCGUUCUCAAGACCCUGGGUAUGCUGAUGCUGAAGCAAUUGAUGCCGGAUUUAUUCAGUUCAAGGACCUUGUUAACGGAGAUGGGGGCAUAAAGUGGGAUCUGGUGGGCAGCGGGGAGAAAAGCGGCUUGCUGGGUAUUCGUGCAGUAUUUCAGACUUAUUUGGGUAAGGAAAUUGGCGAUAGGGCCAAGACAUUGGCUUGCGAUCUUAUGGAGAAUAUCAAAGUUACAAAGCCUGAGCCCGAGAUCAAGAAACUUGUUGAAACGGUCGAUCAAUUGGCUAAGGAGUCCAGGGACUUUACGCUUGAGGCCAAGAUAACUGUAGGAUCCUUGGGGUCCUCAAAUGUGAUACUUAAUGGCGGUCCAACCGUUCAUUUUUCCAACAGCAGCUCGUGGGCCAAGAUUGAUGCCGAAGCAGCUCAGACUCGAGUCCAAUUCGCACAGUCAUAUCUGGCCACCAACGGACAGUUACACAAGGAAGCAACAGACGACUUCUACGAAAUCAGUCGACGCCUGGCUGAUUUCAAGGGGCAGCUCGAUAAGAUUGACGCCAAAAAAGUCAAUUGGGACUUAGUCGCUCACAUCCUGCAUCAAGCGAUUACAUGCUUGGCCGACUUAAACAAAUCUUUGCAUAGAUUAGUUCUAUAUUUCAGCACCAUUGACUCCAUCGUCAACGAAGCCGCAGGGAGCAAAGUAGACUAUUUGGUAAAUGUGAUAACCAAUGCUACGACCAGCAGGGAUGGAAAACCUUCGGAACUGGUUCACGGAAACUUCAAAUUGUCCAGCUUUGCAAAGCAGCUCCUCUACGACCAGACUAUGGGAGCAGUCAAAAUAACACGUGUCGUGGAGAGGAUUUCAGCGUUAUACAUCAAGAUGUACGAUUUGCAUAUACAGCGCGGUGUUGAACUGCUUGAUGGCAUGGGAGGCUUGAGCAAGCAAAGCAAAGCCGAGGAUCUCAGUCAAGCAGAGAAAGAUAUCUCAGCAUGGGUGGAUGAGAGUCGGCAAGGAAUGGAAAAGUUGGUGCAAGAGGAGGAGGCCGAGGUACAGAAGUACGUCCACACAAGAGGAGAAGAGAUUAAAGAGGCGUUCGUUGGGAUUCUUCCUCCGACAGAUGAAGGGAUCCAGCGUGCUAUCAUCAGACAGGAGAGGAAUUCCUCAAGAACGAAACACAAGAGGUUAAGCGACUUUCAACAAAACCGGACCUGGGGUUGGAUAACUUUUAAUCCGUAG